CAUUCAGUCACAUUCAUUUCAUUCAUGACAACUGACAUGCACUUAAUUUUUCGUCUUACUUUCUUCGUCGCACGCGAAAUUUUACAUUUGGUUUUGUGCGGAAUUUCUGGGACUGAUAUUGCUGUGCUGUGUUUGGAAAAGUGAUUAUUAGACCUGACCUACCAAAUAAUAUUUUUUGUCCAGUAGAAAUAACGUAAUUGCGUCAGUUUAACAAUCGUGUUAACAUAGUUCAACAGUUUUGGGGUCCAAUCCAAGCACUUGCUGAUGUGAUAUUCUUGAAAUGUCAUCGUAUAUGGCAGGUGUUUUUGAUAUAGAUUUAGAUGUAACAGAUACUGUUACAGUCGGUGAUUCAGACGAAGACGAUAUAAUUGAAGUGGACGAGGUGGAUUAUGAUCCAGAAUUAAAUGUCAAUAAUAUUGCUGAACUUGAGGGAGCUGAAACCAUCCAAUUAUCAGAAGACACAGUAAACCCAGGACAAUGUAAACGUUUGGGUCCUCAAGAUUUUGAACUACGUAAAGUUUUAGGAAAGGGUGGAUAUGGCAAAGUAUUCCAAGUUCGUAAAAUUACUGGGACAGAUGCUGGAUCACACUUUGCUAUGAAAGUUUUAAAGAAAGCUUCCAUUGUUCGUAACCAGAAAGAUACAGCACACACUAAAGCAGAGAGAAACAUUUUGGAAGCUGUCAAGCAUCCAUUCAUUGUUGAAUUGGUAUAUGCUUUCCAAACGGGUGGUAAACUUUACUUAAUAUUAGAAUAUUUAAGUGGUGGUGAAUUAUUUAUGCACCUUGAGAGAGAAGGCAUAUUUCUUGAAGAUACUGCCUGCUUCUAUUUAUCAGAAAUAAUACUGGCACUGGAGCAUCUGCACAGUUUAGGGAUAAUUUAUCGUGAUUUGAAGCCUGAAAAUGUUUUGCUGGAUGCACAAGGACACGUCAAACUUACUGAUUUUGGGCUUUGUAAGGAACACAUCCAGGAGGGAAUUGUGACACAUACAUUCUGUGGCACUAUUGAAUACAUGGCACCUGAAAUUUUGACAAGAAGUGGUCAUGGAAAAGCUGUUGAUUGGUGGAGUUUGGGUGCUUUGAUGUAUGAUAUGCUUAUUGGCCAACCUCCAUUUACGGGAGACAACCGCACAAAGACAAUAGAAAAAAUUCUUAAAGGAAAACUAAUGCUGCCAGCCUACCUCACACAAGAUGCCCGCGAUUUGAUAAGACGUUUAAUGAAGCGGUCCGAGACCCAGCGCCUCGGCGCGGCAGGCGCAGCCGCGGUACGAGGACAUCCGUUCUUCAAACAUGUUCACUGGGACGAUGUAUUCGCCCGUAGAUUAGAACCACCAAUAAAACCUAGACUGACAAGUGAAGAUGACGUGUCACAGUUCGACACGCGAUUUACAUUACAAACACCUAUCGAUUCCCCUGAUGAGUCUACUCUUAGUGAAAGUGCCAAUUUAAUGUUCCAGGGUUUCACGUACGUGGCGCCGUCCGUGAUGGACGAGAUCCACAAGCCGCGCGUGAUCACGGCGCGCUCGCCGCGGCGCCGGCCGCCGCACCUGGGCGCCUUCGCCGUGCCGCACGCGUCCGGCGCGCACGCGCACUCGCACGCGCAUCAGCAGGAAGACCUCAUGGAUGUGCAAGGUCUGCCCAUAUAGUUACUACUGCGCCUAGGAUAAUUACUACGAUAAGUUCCGUGCCGGGGUCAUUGGCUUUCGAACGAUUGAAUAUUAACCUGAUAACCGAUCAGCAAUAAAUUAGUAGUAUAUAGAUUGUGAUGACUUAGUGAAUGAGAUUCGUCUGUAAUUUUUAAAGUGUUUUUAAAUGUCAAACCUGUCGAUAUUUUCUUGGAGAGAAAAAUAUGAUCAGGGUUUAUCGAAUUGGUUUUUUAUAAUGUGAUGCCGAUAUGGAAAAUGAGAUGGCCAAUAAAGAGUAAAAAAGUUCAUAUAAUUCUUUGAAAACCAAUGAUCUAGCCACUUCGCCUCCGAGGGAGAAGUGCCCUGUGUUCUGAUAAUAGAGAAUAUAUAGCUACUUCCCGUCACCUUCAAUAAUCAAUAAGUAUACAUGCCACAAUGGGAAAAGAGCUAUUAAUCGAAAGAUUUUCAAGUACAUUAAAAUAUGGUACAACUGCACAGCACAUUAUUUUUAACCAUUGUCCUAUUGUUUGCAUAUUUUGUCAUUGUUAUGAUCGUGGUAUUGGGUAUUAUAAAUUUGUACCCAAAAUGUGCAUAUUGCAUAUUCUGAUAAUCUACAAUCUAUGAAUAUUUUUUAUUAAAAUCCAUAUUUAGCCUUGAUUGUGUAUUGAAAGAUAAGCAGUCCGAUUGAACUAUAUUAAACGUCGAACUGGGUCCUGAUUAGGUAGGCAGUCUGUGUUAAGAAAUUAGCUACUAUGUAAUCUAUUGCGUUCAUUCACUGUCACUUGUUUGUACAAUGACUGCUUAAAAUUUUAACAUGCACGUCAUAACUUACGCGCGUAGCAUAAUGCCCUUCUAUGAGACUAAACAUCUAUACAAAGUUCAUAUACGAGGACAAAUUACAUUGAGCUGACCAAAAAGUAUGGUAUCUUCUGCUAUGCGUCACUAACGUGAAAUAAUGGAUUUCAUAUUGUUAUUUUACAAUCUAUUAAUUUAAGUCAAUGCACUAUUCCAUACUACUUUGCGGUUGUACUGUUUUUUUUUUACUUUGUAACCUGAAUCUUAGAAAUUAUGAAUAUUAUACCCAAAUUAUAAGCUGCGUUGUUGUGCAAUUGCAGGGCUGUAUAUAUUUAACAUUUUAUUAUUUUUGUCAAUUAUAUUCUAUAUAAUGGAUAAAAUGGCAAUCAAUGAGAUUAAAACACGCCUCGUCUUUUUGAGUACGCAGAAGAUUUCACAAUAGAAAAAUAUUGUUGGAGGUUGUGUAUGUAUUUGUCCUUUCAAAUUAUGAUUUUCAUUGUAUACUAUUACGAUGUUUUAUGUCGAUUCAUUGUCUUAUAUAAUAAUUAUUUAAUUUAUUAGUUUAAUAACUACAAUAGUUUCUCAAUAAAAACGUGGAAUUUAUUGCAAGAAAUGUCGCGUUAUUAUAAAGUGUGUAAGCAUAAAACAUAAAAUGCAAUUCAGGGGUUAGAUUAAGGUAAUUAUAUACAUAUUGAUUAUUAUUACCAUAAAAAAUGUUUAUUUACUAAAAUUAUUUUAUCCGACAUUUUGACCAGAACAUGCCUUAUAUUAUGCCUCUACAGAAUAGACUAUUAUAUUCUUGUUGUCGUGACCGCGUAGAUUGAGAAACUAAUGUCAUGUAUUCUAAGCCCGUGUGUAACACCAAUGUAUGUAAUGUGCGAAAUAUGUACAGUUGCUUGCAAAGGAACUGGACCCCCUUUCGUCAUGUUUACCUGCAGGCGACUGUACAGAGAGCAUCAUAGAACUCUGACAAACGUGAGUCGGUAGAAAAAGGCGUAAGAUUUCUAUGAUUCUAUGAUUCCUACUGCCUCAUAACGUCUAAGUCCUUUCGGCCGUCAUGGCAACCAAACUUCGCAACCGGUUGAGAAAAAGACAUUUCAAUUCCUUAUCGGCAACUAGUUACGAAUAAGGAUUUUUUUUUCUUUGUAAGCAACUAGUUGCCAACCAAGAAAAUUUUUAUCGACCAUGGCAACUGAGUUUCUCAACCAGUUGUGAAAAAUGAUUUAAAAUUCUUUCUUGACAACAAGUUGCGUCAAAAAUAAUGGGAAGUAAUGGGUUGACAAUCUUUGCGGUCAAUCCGUACUUAUAUUAAAUCCUAUUUCUAGAAUUACUGGCCAGGAUUAUUUUUCCUUUUAAUUGAUAUAUGUCAAUUAAAUAAUAUGUCAUUAAUUUUCCCUGUCAAGUCAGUACACAUAUUUUGUCGCGAACUAGCCUCGCUUGAAAAAAAACGAAUUUUAUUUCAUUGUGAUGUCUACUUCAAACAUAUAUCCAAAUUCCUCUACAGUAGAAUAUAUAACUACAAGAAGAGGAGGUGUAUCAAUAUUACAUGAAGGACGCCGUUAUCAUCGUAAAAAAAUAUAUAAAAAUGGAGACUCAUUUUAUAAAUGCUAUGUUAAAAAUGGAUGCAGAGGUAAUUUAACCAUAAAUGCACGAAAUGAAAUAAUUAAAAUAACAAAGGAACAUGACGCAGACUGUGAAGCUGAUAUUGGAAAAAAUUUAAUUUUGAAAAAGAUGGACGACUUGAAGCAAAGGAGCAGUUGUAAUUUUAUAUCGAUUCAAAAACAGUAUGAGGAUGUUGUCAAAGGACUCAAAAACGACGGUUUUCAAUUUAUAAAUAAAAUACCACAGUUUAAUAACAUAAAGACGGGAUUAUAUAAUGAAAGAAACAAAGUUUUGGGCGUUGCAAAGUCACGUUUUAAUAAUUGUCAUGAUUUUAUUGUACCCACUAAAUAUAAAAAUUUUUGUGUUGCUGACUACGUGGAUGACGAUAAACGAAUCAUCGUGUUCUGUUCUAAUGAAAACAGAAAGGAGAUGAAUAAGUAUCAUCAUUUUUACGCUGACGGCACUUUUAAGUGUUGUCCGAAAGGAUUUUAUCAACUAUAUUCAAUACAUGGAUACAAUAAGAAUAACAAUUCAGUAGCUCCUUUAAUUUUUGCUCUGCUGCCGGAUAAAAAAACAGAAACAUACAAAGUUUUGUUCAGCCUAAUCAAGACAAGCAUCGGUUGGAACCCCCAAAAAAUAACCCUUGAUUUCGAAGUGGCAGCAAUAAAUGCAAUUAAAAAAGUAUUUCCAAAAAUUAUAUUCAAAGGCUGCUACUUUCAUUUUAAUCGUUGCUUAUGGAAAAAAGCAAAAGCUUUAAAUGUCAAAUUAAGAACCGAAAAGAGGCAUGUUGCACGGUGCGUUGGUUUAGCUCGUCUUCCUGUUCAAUACAUAGAAAAAGGAUAUGAAUAUGUUAUGAGCAAAAACCCUAGAAAUCCAUCUGACGGGUUGCAAAAAUUUAAUAAAUACUUUAAUAAACAAUGGAUAAAGAAAAAUGAAAUGAUGAUGUCUUGCUCUUGUGGUAACGAAAAUAUAAGAACUAAUAAUAGCCUUGAAGGAUGGCAUGCGAAAAUUAAUAGAUAUAUUGGAAGAAAAUAUCCAACGUUGCCACAAUUAUUGGAUAUUCUGUCAACAGAAUAUAAAUCUUAUGAUUUAAAUAUUAAAAGUAAAAAGAAUAAAGAGUAUAAGGCAAUUGACGAGGAGAUUGACCAGGCGUUGAGUGAAUUAGUAGAAAAAAAGAUAUCUGUUGGUCACUGUUUGGAGAUUAUUAGCCCUUUUGCAAUUUCGUUUUAGCGGUUUAAGUCACUCAGUUAAUAUAAAUAAAUGAACACUAUUAAAAUAUAUUUGUUUUAAUAUAACAGGGACAAUAACCGCCUCCGUGGUGUAGGUAGUGGUUUGAGCGUUCACGAAGUCACGGGCUACAGCUAGUACGAAAUCUAUGUACUUAUUGAUCAGUGUUUGUAUUCGAUGAGGACAUUACUACAUUGUUGCGUAAGAAGAAAUUAAAUUCUUAUACUGCAACUAGUGUUUUUGAGAAAUUCCUUGUUGGCAACUAGUUGCUUAUAAAGAAAAAAAAAUCUUUAUUCAUAACUGGUUGCCGACAAAGAAUGAAAAUGUCUUUUUCUCAACUGGUUGCGAAGUUUGGUUGCCAUGACGGCCGAAAGGGUCUAAGUCUCAAGUUUCAUUCAGUACAUUCGUGAAGUACUGUACAUGUGCUAUAUGUAUAGCCAUUUCAGUAGGUAUGCUUGUUAAUACUUAUUUGUGAUGGAUGUAUAAUAUACAAUCAUAGUUGUAUAUCAUUAACUCUAAUAUUUGAAGCAAUUUAAGAUAUAAAAAACACCAUUUAUUUUAUGAAUUCAACUACCCGAAUUUUUUUUACGUAAAUUAUUGAAGAAUGGUGCUUUAUUGCAUCGAAAAUUGCGCUCCGAUUCUUAAACUUAAAAGACUGUGUUUGUACCGAACAUCUCAAUGUUAGUGAGUGCACAUUCUAUCCGAAUACAUAACCAUUACAUAUAAGAACUAUAUCAUAAUAAUAUUUUAUUUGUCAUGAUUGAUUUGUAGACAAUCUAGCUAGGACAAGUAUUACGUUUUGGGCCUAUAACGUGACCAUUUAAAAAAAUCUGAAUAAUCACAUAUUAAAUGUCGGUAAAAUGAUGGUAAUAUUUUAUACUACAUAUUAUUAUUAAUUAUUGUACAUUUUAUACAAGUUACCGUUUAGUCUAAUGUUUGGUAGGAUUUAAUCUGUGUAAUAAAUUGUUCUAACCCCGACUAUAUGAAAAAGUAAUAAUUUACAAUACCUUGUUACCGUGCUUCAUGAAUUGAAUAAAAGGUCAUUUUUUAUUUUGUA